CUGUGCGGCAGCCAUAUUUUUUGUUGUCGUCAGGAGGGUCCCAGCUGCCGGCAGUGUGUGUAUGCGUGCAUGUGCGUGUGCUUCUCCGUGGACCUGGAAGCUUGCACUGUUGGGAGAAAACUGAACUCUGCUGCAAAAUGAACAGCAACAAAGAGGCUCUUUUAGACGAGCUCACUGAUUUCGUGAGCCAAAAGCCCGCUGAAAUUCCUUCGGUCCUCGACGAGUACCUGUGCCACAUCGCGAAGACUGGCGACACUCUGUUCCCAUGGCACAAGUUGAAGCCGCUGUUAUGUCGAAAGCUGGAACUUGUCAUGAACGAAUUCCACAAGGUUUCGCCAACAGACGACUUACCGGCCUUACCCAACGUGGAGGUGUUCAAGUACGAGGAAAUGAAAGAAAAGGUCCUGGAGGCCGUCAACUGCUUCAACAGCGCACCAUUCACCAUCCAGCGGUUGUGUGAGCUUGUGGUCGAUCCUAGGAAGCACUACAAGCGCACAGACAAGUUUAUGCGUGGCCUUGAGAAGAAUGUCCUGGUUGUGAGCACAAUUGAACCAAAGUCUCUUGCUGCACUACAGCAAGCUAAUGCUGCUGCAAUGCCCAUGGUCAACGGCAUUCCUGGAGUGGAAGAUGGUGGAAUCAAUGGCCAUUUCGCUGACACCACAGAGGACUCGCUUAAUCGCAUGGAUGGUGAAAAUGGCCACUGUGAAGAUGAGGGCAUCUGUGCCGAUGACCCAGGUACCAACGUUGAGGUUCCAUCUUCUGUUGCUGACGACGCAAGCUUGGGUGAAGCACCGCAACCAGUUACAGAAGAAGUUGUUGAAGAGCAAGAAGUAGAGCCGUCAGGCUCCACCGAGCAGACCAAUGCAGAGUCGUCAGAAGGUGAUAAAGAAGAAGAUGUUGAACCUUCAGCCCCAGUGGAACAAGCCGAAGCUGAGAAAGGAGCAGAGCCACAACCUACAGAAGAAAUCGCUGUGGAGGCACCAAUAGAAAGCAUAGAGUCUGAACCAUCCACCAGCGACGAGGAGCCUGUUACGCACACCAAAGAGCCUGUGAAGGAAGCACCAUCAGGAGAAAGCCCGUGUGAUAAAAAUGCAACCGAAGAGGUUGCUGAAGCAUCCAGUGAAAGUGGUGCUGAAGAUGUGUCUGGCACUCGGGAAGAGCCAGCAUCUGAUGCUCUAGCGAAAGAGCCAUCCGUCUCAGCGGAGGACCACUCGGAAGCCGAUGCCCUGCCAGUUGAUGCUUCUGAGCCAAAACCGGCGGAAACUUUGGCUGUGGUUAAGGAAGGCUCGUCGGAAGUGGACUGCUGCGACUCCAGCAUUUCUGAAAUGCCAGAAAGCGAGGAAGAACUGAAGGAGCCCCCACUGAAGAAGUUUCAUCCUGAACCUGAAACGCACACAGAAGAACAGGGCACAGAGGAGCAGGAACAGCCGUCUUCGACAUCGGUGUCACUGGACGAUAGCGUUGAAGAGGAAGCUAUGGAGAGUUCAAAGGCAGACUCGUCACCUACAGAAGAUGGUCAGGCAGAGGCAAUGGACACGACUGCAGAGAGCUCUGCCCAGAAGGACUCGCCAAUUGAGGAGGAGGAGGAGAAGGUGGCGAGUCCCGACGAGUCUGCUAUGGAACAGGACUGAACCUGCUGUGGAAAGUGCCGGCUACUGUGCUUACCCUCUCUCACCGUGUACUUCAGCCAUUUCUCCCCCCAUCCCCCUCCUCCCACCCCUUUCCAAACAAUUCAAGGGCAAGAAUUGAUCUCGACUUUUCGCACAACUUUAAAAAAUGUUGUGGUUUUUUUUGGGGGGGUCCUGCAGCACAGCAAGAUUCUCAUUUCUUUCAUGAAGAAAUGAGUAACAAGGUUUCAAGCAGCAGCUAAGUUUUAUGCGUAAUGACAGCUCUGGUUGCUAGCAAGCACCAAUAUGAGAGGUACUAUGCAGCCAACCCGUUUUCAAAUGGUACCAACUUCACUGGCAGUAGUCCUGUGCCAGUUUUCUUGAAUGGUAUUUCCCCUACCCGGAGGAGGUUAUGUCACUGACUUUAGAAUCUCGUAAAGCACACAGGUCAUAUGCCAACAGUGUGUGUGUGUGGCGAGUUUUGCAAAGAAAGCAGGUUAGGUUACAUCUGUACAUCGUUUCGUCAAAGUCAAAAUGUUCACCACUGAGCAUCUUGAAGACUAUGCAUUCAGUGAACACAGAUGAACAUGCUUUAUGUAAAAGAUUGAUUACCAUCACACCAUUGGCAUCACGAGAUCGGAACUAGUGGCUGGGCCCGCCUGUAAUUGCAGUUAGUAUUGCCAACAGUAACCUGCCAUUAAUUUGAAUACUGGCACCAAACCUGGAAUGCAUUUCAAAUGAUUGCCACAUUGCAUAAGGCAGUACAGUGUAACCAUGCUUCUCUAAAGUCUUAAAAUAUGUUUGCGAGAUCAUGAAAAUUGUUGCACCCUGUAUAUCAAAAGGUCUACCAUACAUAUGAACUUUUACUCCUUUUGCUGUUGCCUGGUGUACGUAGAUUACAGAAAAGUUUCAUCAGUUCUGUCUAUAGUGCCCGCUGCAGUCCAUCUAGUUGUCAUGGCUGCUACUUUGUUGUUCAUUCUGUCCAACCUAAGUCAUCACCUGUACUUUCCGCAAGUUUCUGGGAAAGCUGCAUAUUGAUGUAACAGGCGCGAAGUAGAGUACUUGUUUCAUUAGCGCAAGGCAGCAAUGUGUUGGUACUGCAUCUGCUCACAUGAGUAUGCAGUGAGCAGCUCAUCUUCAUUUUUAAAUAAAUUUUCUGUUCAUGCUUC